AUUAAUUAUUUGUCUCAUCUUUGUCUCAUUGUCAGUCAACAUGGAAGGUGUGUUACCGGAGAAGAAAUGUUUAGAGAGAAAUUCGCUGCUAACUGAUCUCUAUGAGAUCACGCACAUUCGCACGGUUUACAAUAUAUUUAUAGUGACUUUUAUAUUGCUCCUUCUCGACACCGCUGUGCAUGACAUCAAAGAGUCUGGAACGUUGGUCCUCGGAACCGUCACGAUACGUAAUGGUUUCGCGAAAUUACCGACUUGCCUGCAUAUUUGGUCGCUCAUGCUAAUCUCGACAUUCGGUGUCUACGUUGCUUUCAAUUUCUGGUCUUCCCAACGACUACGGUAUUCGCCAAAAUCUCUGGCACGUAAGCUAUGGGAUUACAGUUGGCUGACAAUCUACAUAAUUUAUCAAGUUCUUGUUAUAAUUAUUCCAAAUAGAGCGAUGGUCAGAGAGAAUUUAGGCAUAGCUUGUAAUAUCAUCAUAACUGCGGAACAAUUUCGUCUGAUAAUGAAGAAUCACGCUUUCGUUAGAAGUAUGACACCUAGAUUUCUCUCAUACAAAUCCCAUAACGACGUUUUGCCACCAAAUGUACCCCGAUUUUCCCAUUAUUUAUAUUUCCUGUUCGUGCCGACUAUUAUAUACCGUGAUGAAUAUCCGAGGACGAAAAAAAUCAGAUGGAUGUUUGUGGUUCAACAUUUCGGCGAAGUCGUCCUGAUGAUUUUCUAUUACGCCUUCAUUCUGGAGCGCUUAGUGGCGCCGGUCUUUCGAACCUUCGAUACAUGGCCUCUAGAAUCGACGUGGUUCAUCAAGAUUAUUAUCAAAAUGUGCUUUCCGGGGAUCCUCCUCUUGCUCAACUUAAACUAUCUUUUGUUGCACAUGUGGAUGAACGCCUGGGCCGAGAUGCUGCGAUUCGCCGACCGAUUGUUUUAUAAGGACUGGUGGAAUUCCACAUCCUCUCGUAUGUGGAAUCGUACGUGGAACGUGGUAGUACACGAUUGGAUCUACACGUAUCUUUACAAGGACAUGUAUGAGAUCGUGGUACCACGCAACAAGCCGUUGGCAACCUUCACUGCGUUCUUCGUAUCUGGAAUUUGUCACGAAUACGUCGUCGCAUUUUCGUUUCGUUUCUUUUAUCCGGUGAUGUUUAUAAUAUUCGGCGGUGUCAACUAUGUUCUUGUGCAAAGCAACCUAAGUAUGCACAACAUUCUCGUGUGGAUGAUCUUGUGUUUCUGCAACAGCAUCAUAAUAAGCACUUGCGCGAUGGGAUAUUAUACUAGUUAUAACUGUUUGUCCUAUUCCAAUUACUAUGCUGACUUGCUUCUACCGCAAAGUUGGAGCUGUCAGCAGCAACUUGCCGCAUAGAACGUUCGUCUGCCAGUAUUAAUUUCUUUUCAUCGGGUCUAUUAAUGUACUUCAUUAUCAGAAAUAUUAUUAACAAGAGGAGACAAUCUCAAUGUGUAAAGCAACUCUUUAGUGUUACUAUAAAUAUGAUUGAUUAUUAUGAAUAA